AUGAGCCAGAACCAGAACCCCGAUGCCGUCAGCGAUGGACGUGAGUUUGCUGGACACGUCAAGCCCAGUGAGCCCCUUAUGAGUAGUGGUCAUCAACCCGGAAAGCUAGUUGGUAACGAUGCCGUCCCCGAGUUUCACGCACAAACACUUCCCGCCGGCACCGCCCCAGCUUCUAAGACCUUCCAACCCAACCCCGACCUCAACAACCAAAAGAUGUACCAUCAAGCCUCCGAUACUCUCCAAGGCGCCACCUCAGGUGAUGUUCACACCGGUCUCGGCCACCCAGGUCAAGGUCAGACUUCGCAAGAGCUUCACGAUGGAUCGAGGAAGGGUCAAGGCCUGACUGGUCUAGCUGGCAACGUCAAAGACCAGCAAACUGGUGGUUCUAUCGAGACACUGAAGGAUGACCCUACACACGCUGCUCAGAGGAAUCUCGACGACGUGCCUACCGGUCAGAGGGGUAACACUGGUGGAGCUCCUGCCCAGGAGCGAGAGCCUUCAUCAGCAUAG